AUGGUGAACCUGUUCAAGCGGAUGCGGAAGCUGAAGACAAUCCUCAACAUCCGAGUCGGCACCGGCGCAGCCCUCUUCCCUUCCCUAGCCACCGCCACAAAAGAAUUCCCAGCCGUGACCCGUCUACACCUCACAUACGCCCGCAAGAUCUACGGAGGCCACCAAGGAUCACGACACUUCUGGCGCCAAUGCCUGCCACGACUGAAGUACCACAACCCCGCCGUGAAGAUGACGGUAAAACAAAUCGACGAUCAGGAAGGACCGUCCGCAUUGACGAUCUACUUUGCGGAGCGACUCAGCAGCACUGCGACAGCGAUCUCAGGCAAGCAGGUAAUCGACAAGUUCGCGCCUGCAGCUGAAGAUAACGAGAAGUCGAUUGUCGUGGACUUGAAGAACUUGGGCUACCAAGAGAUCUGGAGUCGGGUGCAGGCAUCCACUGGAGCAGAGGAAGUCAAGCCCACUGAGGCGGAUGAGUCUGAUCUUGUGAGAUUGAGCAAAAUCACCGAGCAGGCUGUAGGGGAUCGCGAGCGUAUACAGGCUAAGCGACAAGCGAAGAAGGAUCAGGAGCGUAUGCUUGCCGAAGCUCGUGGUGAGGUGGAUAAGCUGAAGGAGAUCUAA